CAGCCGUGCAUCGUCAUCCCUGCCGAAAUUACGACAUAUCCACGAAACCACGUUCAUUGCAAGCAAUCGUACACUGCAUCUGGUAAAACGUUCGAAUGUGGAGGAGGUUAUGAGAUCGCAGAUACGAACGUAUAGGUCAUGCUGUCGUAAAUAAUGCGAAUACGCAUGCGCGCAACAUCAACUCAAAGCGAGCUGGAGAAGGCAGAAUGUACCGCCGGCCGGUGAAGUGAGAGGCAGAUACAUGGGGACUAGUUCCUGAUUGGCCACGGCGGCUGUUAUGGCCGCCGAUUAGCGCACGCGCACGCCACAGUAGGCAUAUCACGGACGCGGCGAUCGUACAGCCGCUAGCCGCAGCAGCGUUGCAGUCGCUCGAGCGACCGAGAACAGUGAGAAGAGCGACGGAAACGGUCGGUCCGCGCGCGUCGUCGUCGUUGCCUUGUAAGGCGGAGAGAGCUUCGUGUGCGACGUUCGUGGCGCGAACAACUCUGAGAACGACGCCGAUCUUCCUUAGCCGUAGCGAGUAAAACGUACGAACGAGUGUGUAUACUCAUAUCUAUAUACACACACACGCACGCAUUAUAUAUAUACACAUACCUAUAUAUAUAUAUAUAUUAUAUAUAUAUACACACAUAGUGAAGCAUCACGACAAGGGAAGGAGUGCGGGCCGGGCGCGACGCCGACCGUCUCUCGACAGAACCGCGUAUACGUAAACCCGACAAUCCGUCAAAAUUUAAAGCCACUAUAGGCGACAUUUUCAACGAUCUAUAUUGUGUAUACCAGAUCUUAGACCGAUAAAUUAUAAGCGCGAGUGCAUCGCGAACAGGAUAAGAGGAUACGAAGAUAGAAAAUUUGGUGCGGCACGCACGAAGUAGAGAAUCGUGGCAGAAGGUGAGCGCGCGGCGUGAGAGCAAGACAGACAAAGGGGGGGAAGCGAAAGGGAGAGAGAGAGAGAGAGAGAGAGAGAGAGAGAGAGUAAGGGAGACAGACGGAGAGGGGAAGAAAGAAACGAAACGGAGCGAGUUAAAACGCCGAACGGUACGCAGAAAGCACAAAGGCCGUAGCAGCGACAGCGACGACGACGACGACGACGACGACGGCGGCGGCGGCGGCGGUGGUAGUGGUGGCGGCGGUGCUGAUGCGACGACGGCAUAACCUCCAAAAGGCGUUCGCGCCGCGCGUUUCGGUGAUUGCUGCGCGAAGCAGUGGUGCGUGAAGUCACGAGGUAUUCGAAACGAUAUAGAGAGAGAAAAAGAAAGAAAGAAGAAGAGAAUAUAUUUUUGCAAGUGUGCGGCUUACGAGUCAUCUUACGCGAUCGACAAACGUUCAUCGCUCUUGUAUUCGAGUAGUUAGCGUAUCGUUUGGGCCGGACUGCAGAAAGACAUACAUGUGCAACGUCAUCAUCAUCAUCGUUACGUGUGGCAGCAUCAAGUAGCUUCGACAUUUAUCAAACGAUGCAGCAGACUAUAAAUCGGCAGUGAAUAGGAAAGAAAGAGAGAGCGUGUGGGAGAGAGUUGUUUGCUCUUCGAAUUUUCCAAGUUUUUCGAUGCAAUAAAAUACUGGUAUACGAGUACGCCUAAAUACAUAUGUAGUAGUGUGUGUGCGAGGAGAAGUGCGUUACGUCGGACUGUCGUUUUUCGUCGUUACAAACACGUUGGUAAACACGUUGGUAAACACGUAGCGACAGUUAUUGCACGUACAAACACACAUACAUCCAUACGACCAAUACGUUGGCCGACUGCUGAUUAUUGCGCGGACUGAGUCCGGUUGAUGGAUGAAACUGGCAGAAUGUUGCAACACGGAGGAUCGGGUGUGGGUCUGAUGGGUGGGAACCAGGGCCAAGCGACACAGAACACGGCUGGUUACGGCAGCAUGGGUCCUGUAGACGGCACGGCGGCCCAAGGCCCCGACCAAGCGGUCGAGGCCAGGAAGCAGGAUAUUGGCGAGAUUCUGCAGCAGAUCAUGAACAUCACGGAUCAGAGCUUGGACGAGGCGCAAGCUAGAAAACACACUCUCAACUGCCACAGGAUGAAGCCUGCUCUGUUCUCUGUUCUUUGCGAGAUCAAAGAGAAGACAGUCCUCUCUUUGAGAAACACGCAAGAAGAAGAACCCCCGGAUCCACAACUGAUGCGAUUGGACAACAUGUUGAUUGCGGAAGGGGUCGCUGGACCAGAAAAGGGCGGUGGUGCUGGAGCAGCGGCUUCGGCGUCUGCGGCAGCGGCUGCUGGACCACCCGGGCAACCAGACAAUGCUAUCGAGCACUCCGAUUACAGGGCGAAGCUAGCACAAAUCAGGCAGAUCUAUCAUCAAGAACUAGAGAAAUACGAACAGGCAUGUAAUGAGUUCACCACCCACGUAAUGAAUUUAUUGAGGGAACAGAGUCGCACAAGGCCAAUCACGCCGAAGGAGAUCGAGAGGAUGGUGCAAAUCAUACACAAGAAGUUCUCUAGCAUCCAAAUGCAGCUCAAACAGUCCACCUGCGAGGCUGUGAUGAUUCUGAGGAGUCGAUUCCUGGACGCCAGACGUAAGAGAAGGAAUUUCAGCAAACAGGCGUCCGAAAUCCUCAACGAAUACUUCUACUCGCAUCUUAGUAAUCCUUAUCCGAGCGAAGAAGCCAAAGAGGAGCUCGCACGAAAGUGUGGCAUUACCGUAAGCCAGGUAUCUAACUGGUUUGGUAACAAGAGAAUACGCUAUAAAAAAAACAUAGGAAAAGCACAAGAGGAGGCGAAUCUAUACGCCGCCAAAAAGGCAGCUGCAGCUUUUGCAGGAGCGUCGCCGUAUAGCAUGGGCGGUGCAAGCCAAGGCACGCCGACGCCAAUGAUGUCGCCUGCGCCUCCCGGUGGGCCACAGGAUAUGGCUGGAUACAGCAUGGGAAUAAACGGCAGUGACUACGGCUCGCAGGCAUACAACGACGGCUCCAUGGGAUACGAUCCCAUGCACCAGUGAUGCCUCACGCCGGCCUAAAACGUUCGCAAUCGUACCUAGAGAAAGUGCUUGUCGUGAGCGAAAUAAAAAAAGCGCGAGAGAAGCGCUGAAAGAGCUUGCGGCAGAGAGAGAAAGAGGGAGGGAGGGAGAGAGAGAAAGAGAGAGAGGGUGAUGACCCGGGAUUAGAAGCCGAUGAGAGCCACUCCCGGACGUCGUACUCCGUUGCACCGAAUGCGUAGGUUUCCUCUCUCUCCGUUUUGAGCGAGCGAAAGUAAAGAGACGAAGAGAAAGAGAGAGAGAGAGAGAGAGAGAGAGAGAGAGGUGUUCGAAGAGCGGUCGAGGAUUUCGCGAGAGUACUCUAGGAACGAGGAGCGGGGCGCUCGGGAGAGACGUGUUAGGAUUCUGCGACUGGUGAGGUGUGCCAGUUCACGGCUCUCAUCUGGUUAACUCUCAUCGAUAGUGCAAUAUAUACAUAUACGUACAAACGGGUGGGGACAGACGCACGUGUGUUCGCCGCUUAUUCCGUGGACGUUUCGAGAUUUCUGCUCGGAAUCACGUCUCGACGAUGAUGACGACGGGAGAAGACCGUCGUAGCGCGAAGAAGGAGUCUCCAGACCCCGACAGCGGUGUCAACUUAUUUUCGAACCAAACCGCUUGAGGGGAAAGACCGCGACCGCCAUCGUUGUCGUGUCAUCGUCGCCGUCAUCGUUGUCGGUCGCGACGCGCGUUAAAAAUGCGAACACGCACGACCAGACGGAACUUGACGGCGCUCCGCGAACACGGUACUCGACAAUUCGGGAUUCGCUAUGGCACGGCCAAAUCCUCACCGGGGGCGAACGGGAAUUUCGCGAAGAGAAGGAAUUCGACGUGUCACAAAGGGAAAUAGCAACGUCGGUAGCGAUUCUCUCGUCGACGCGCGUCCGAAACUGAUCUCUCUUGCUGACCUUGCGUCGCGUCGCUCCAUACACAUCCUAGGAAGAAUGUAUCAGCAUUGGAAGAGUCAGGAAAUUCACACAUCGUCGGUAAAAGCGACGCUGGAACACGCAUAGGUCGCGCAUUCACACGCAAGUCGAGCUUUCUAUAGGGUAUUCUCGGAUCUUCGGGUCCUGGGAUCCUGCGGACUUCCUCGUCGAGUUCCCGCGCAGGACCUCUCGCCCGUACGCGACUAUUCCCUCCAGAAAAAAGACGUCCUCGCCUUCGAGCUCUUCCUUUAGAAUUAGAUCUCGUUAAGUGUGCAAUAAGAUUUUUGAUAACGAGACUCUUCAUCUUCUUCUGUUUUCUUUUUAUUUCUUAGAGAUACGUUAGAUAGUCGUUUGUUAUGUAGAUUAAUAAAAAAAAAUGUUGGUGGCAGCAAGCGAUAAGUUAACUCGAUUAUCGAUCGUUCGAUCACAUUAUGUGUCUCGGACGUGUGUGCCGAGGAACACGGUAACGUUACUUUAACGACGAUUCUUCCUGUCGCGAGGCUCAACAAUGUCGGUGAAAGGAAAGAAAAUCUCGAAAUGGGGCCUUGAAAUUAUAUUCAUACGCGACAGAACAGGACUUCUGCUAUUUCUCUUUUUAGCUUCGGCAUCUGAGAGAGAGGCUGACGGGAAAUCACGCGAAUCUCCCGUUUCCACAUAAACGUACCGCGGAAAUACACGCACUUUAUGCAAUUGCGCGCGAGGUUUCGUAUCGCUUUUCAUACGGCUUUCGAUACUUCAAUUUAACAGACUUACUCUCGAAGGCAGUUAUUUGCGCGCACAUAUACAUUCGCAUAUACACGCACACAGUUUGUAUACACGCAACCCACACGAGUAUGUACAUAGGCUGAUAGAAGGAAAACAAAGCGUUGGAGUGUUAAAUCCUAUAGUUGAAAAAAUUAGGGCUGAUACUUUUUAUGACAUGCAUGGCUGCAUGUAGAAUUUCAAGACGCGUGAACCUCCGAAGCGGGAAAUUCAUCUGUUACUUUUUGUUUUUUUAUUAUCACAAUGAUCGAUACGCUUUCGUGACUUGUAGAAGAUGGUAAGGCAAAAUCACCAAUACCUAAUAACAUUAGUAUCUAACUUCAAGCAACCUCAUUGUUGUGAGAGUCUUUAAAUAUGAAAAUUUUAACGUAGAAUAUAUAUAUAUAUAUAUAUAUAUAUAUAUAUAUAUAUAUUCUUUUUAUCGAAAAUUUAAAUAUUCGUAUUUGAAGAUCAAAACAGUAAGAAUAUUUAGAGUUGGGUACCAGUGUUAUUAAUAUUCAGGCAUUUGUGUUUUUACGAAAAAUUAUCGUAAUCUAUGGAGAAUAAUUCAAUGAAUAUCGCAGAGACGAUGGAAUUACGACGACGCUACUUUCGGAGACUCACGCGUGUCUGGUUUUACAAGGUAGUACGUGUGUGUGCCUUUAUCUCUGUUUUCGUUUGAAAGAUGAUCGAUUGGGGAUAUUUGAAUGAACAGACAGAGUGCGAAAGAUUGAUAGAGAAUGAGAAAGAGAGAGACAGAUAGAUAGAGAGCGAGAGUGAAAGAGAGAGCAAGGGAAAAUAAAAAGGAGUGACAGAGAGGGAGCGAAUGAUCGGAAUUUCAUUGUAGCUCGUUAUGCAAAGUUCAGAGUUUCGCGUAGACAGUAGAAUAGACAUCGGCACGUUGCAUUGGUGAAUUCGAAAGGAUAUCUCCAUAUUUAAUGCGCAUUUCGGUUUUCGAUUCUCUCAUUAAGAUAAUGACAAGAUACAUCCGGAUGACAAAUCUUACGAGUAAAAAGAAGGAGCAUUCAUAAAUCCUUUCGCUUCCUACGCGUGAAGAAACGAGAGACGCGAUAAUGACGAUAUCAUCGGCAAUUAUUAACACCGAACUGUCAUGAGACAUCGAAUCUCUUCGUUGCUUUUUGGAAAUGUCGCGUAGAAAUAGUUUCGUACAAUGGAACGUACGUUUUCAAAGAACCUUUGAUGACGUUUCAUUUUUUCUUGCAACGUAACUCAACAAGACGAAACUACCACGACGACGACGACAACAACAACAACAACAACGAUCUCUCGUUUCGCACGAAACGCUAAUGCGACGUGCCAUGCUUUGAGAAGGUUUGGCAUACCCGCGAGUCCAACCGCGCGCGGGUAGACUCAAUGUUCUCUUUUGAGCAAAAGUGUGACAAAGCAAGUUCUCUCUUAAAAAAGUAAAUAAAUAAACCGGGUCGAGGCGAGGCUUAGUGACCAAUGACACGCUAUUUUGUCGCCAUCCUGCAGGGGAUAAAGACAGAGGGCUAAAAAAUUGCAAAACAAAAAACAAACAAUCGAAAAACAUGACGCAGGGCAAGGCAUUGGCUGGGGGGCCAGGCGCGGCGGGAUGGAUGCAACAACGCGAGGCGGUGCCCGAAUUUCCGCCCCUCCACGAUUCAGCGGACUCUGAUUCCGACCGGGAAAACGAAAAGCGACCGCGCGUCUAAGACUAAAUAUAUAAAAAAGAAAAAUGUAUAUGUAUAUAUAUACAUAUAUAUACAUGUAUAUAUAUACAUAUAUUUUACUUUUCCUUUUUUUUUCCUCAGCGCGGAGACAAACACAAGUGCGAGAGUUAUGUUACUCAGCAGGAAAUGUCUGUGGAAACGAAGCGUAAAAAGAAUGAGAGUGAGAGUAAGAGUGAGAAUGAGCAAGCGAGCGAGAACCAAUGACCACCUACAUAACGCAGCAGGUUGACCAGAUACAUAAAUACACAUAUACACACACACACAUGCACAGACGUGGAGAAAGGAAAGUGGUUGAGUGGAUAAAAUUGACGGAUCCAUCCUGAUUCGAGCAAAUGGUACGUCCACUAAACAAAUUCGUAUAGCAAUACGUAGCUUUGAUUGAAGAAGUUGCUCUUCUUCUGCACUCUUUUUUUUAUUGAUAAAAGUACCUCUGUGCACUUCUGAUUUUAUGAAGGCUUGUAAGGCUACUUUUAUCGGUAAAAAAAAGUUCAGAAUAAGCGUCAUGAUUGAUAAUGAAAUCUCAACGCAUAAUUUAUCGCAUCAUAUUUCAUUCAGCCGACUAAUUAUUUGCUCGAACGAGUUUUUCAUUAUCCAAGCAAAUUAUCGAUAAUUCAACACUUUUUUCAACACAGAGUAGACACGUGACGCGAAAGAAAUACGUAAGAAUACACACGUGAGAUGCAUCACAUGCAUACAACGUGGUGGUUGGCCGGCUAGUGAUCCUAAAGUCAAGUGGUGUUUGUUUCUCUAUUCGUGGGCGAUUCAUUCGAUUGUAUCAUAGGGAGAGUAAAGAAAUACAUGGGUGACGUGUGGAUCGCGUAUGUGCGACGGAUACGCGUACGAACGGUCUGUCUUGCGGGAAGAGGAAGAUAAGUGAUGCGAGGGGGUUGGUAACUCCCGAAGUCGCGCGGGGUGGGUCGAGUGAUUCUCCAGCUGUUGCUUAUCAUUUGACGAAGUCGAAGUCGUACGUAGCGAAAAACUGCGCCUCACACUCUCAUUCGGUCGUGGAAGCGAGAGGAAUCGUUGUCGUCGGUCGCAGGACAAUUGGGUCGUAAGACGGAAAUUAUUCUCCGCGUAUUCCCUGUCAUUAAUCUGGUCUUGCCUUAUAACCGCGAGCGCGUGGAGUAGCGUCUCGGUCGGGAAAAAAGGGACGCGCGCGAGUGAUGACGCGAGCGGAAAUGCGUUAGAUCGCGGAUGUGCUCUUUCCUUCGCGACACAAGUUUUCGUUCGUUUCUCCAUACAGACAAUAGACUCGACGUACUCGCACCUUUCCAGGGAGAGGAAGCGCGAACGGGAUAGAUCGGAAUCGAGUCACAUUCACUCGUCACACGAAACGACAUGUACACACACACACACACGCGCGCGCGCGCGCGCGAAGGCGGCAGGAAACGCGCCAGUACCCGCGCAGGGUCUCGUCUUCCGCCACACCUUUCCAGGUCAUACACGCAGUACCAAACACAAUCGCACACACAACCAUGUGAAACUUUAUGUUAAUGCCUUGUUACUCGUCUCCCAUGUUCACUGACAUGUUUAUCCUCCUGAUGUAAUGCUGGCGAAUGUCUCUUACGUUCAGUUAUAAUUCAUAAUCACGUUCUUCUCUUACAUUGGUUUUCUACGCACAUUUUCUUGUAAGUUUGGCUUCUUUCGCGAAAAACUCCCUCUACGACGACGAUAAUGGCCAUAUGUUUGCGUGCAACACGGGGUUCAAACUCGUCGGGUGUGAAUGUGAAAUUUAACGUUUUGCACUGAUCGCGUGUAAAGAAUGAAGAUGCUCACGUGUGACCUUUGCAUCUCCUGGCAACUCGAUGAAACGAGAAAAUUAAUUUAAGAAUCGCGUGUUUACGAAUAUGUACCUAAAUCAUACUUUUUUAACUAUUGUAUAGAAAUGAGACUUUUUUUAUUAUAAAAACGACGGAAAUUGAAAUUAUGCGAGUAUAAAUUUAUAAUGGAGAUCUGUUGUAAAAAUAAAAGAAGAGAAAAACAG